UUUAUUUGUUCGUCGGGCAUCCGCUACAAACAAUAAAAAGGAGCUUUGUGGAAAAACACUGUUAAUGUGAAAGCGCGACCUCUCAUUUUAAAUUAAAAAAAGAUUAUCUGCAAUUAUAUCAAGUGAUUAUAUUCAAAUCUGCUAAAUGGCGAAAAAGCAGAUGUUUUUUGGAUACUUUCAUAGAUUGUCUUUUAUGAUCAUUGUGUGGAUGCUCUUGAGAUCAAAUAAAAAUGUAACGAUUGUUAGCGCAUCUACGACACGAAAUGGAAAUGCUUUGCAAUUAUCGUCUGGAGAGGAGAUGUUUGACACGAGCAUUAAGAAUACUCCUAAAGUUGAUCAAGCUCAAGGCGAUGGAAAAAAUGUUAAUAAUGAGUUAGAUGAAUCUCGGAAAGAAUUUAUUGAUGGGUACAGCUACAGUUGUCUUAAUAAAGUUAAACGUGCUCCUAAUGGUUUCAUAGGUAUGCGGGGAAAAAAAUUUAUCUCAAAACAUGACGAAGAGAAUACAAAUGCUUAUGAAUAUCUUCAAAUGCGAAAUGAUCAACGGUAUAAAAAGGCGCCUACAGCUUUUUAUGGCGUAAGGGGUAAAAAAAUCGCUGAUGACUUGAAGCGUUGGCAAGAUUUAAUGCAAAAAAUCGAGACUGAGCAAGUGCAAGAAAUCCUUUUAAAAGAAUUUAUCGAACAUUUAAUGAGAAUCGGUGAGACGAAUAAUGAGUUAAUAAUCAAACGAGCACCGAAUGGCUUCACAGGCGUAAGAGGUAAACGACCGGACUAUCAAAGAAGUCAACAAUCAAAGCAAGAAAAUGAUGCUGUUAAGCCUUUUACCGGCAUCGAUAAUAAUAAUGGUUUGUCGGUGAUUAGAGGAAAAAGAUCCUUUCUAAUGCAUAAUUUUAGUAAACGUUCACUUAGGCCGUCAAUACGUCAGCGAAAUUUCUUCGAUUUUUGGAAAAAGUCACCAUACGGUGAUAGUAGACGUCAGCGAUUCGUAGAUUUUGGUAAUAAAUUCGUAGCAGUUCGUGGUAAAAAGAGUUCCUAUCCUAAUCUUAAUGGCGAGCCGACCAAAGAAACAAAUACUUUUUUAAAUAAUCAUCUUAAUAAGAGUUCAUACUGGUUGCCUAACAUGGGCGAAAGCAUUGGAAAAUCUAUACCAAAUACUUUAAUAGACACGAAUAAAAAUAUGGUCGACUUACUGAGGGCUUAAACUAUGCAGCUAAUUAAAUCGAUCGCACAAACUUGGUAUAAUUAAU